UAGAGAAUUAUAUAAUUCUUCCUCAAGUUCUGAAUCUGACGAUGAUGAUUCUUCUCCUUCCGAAGAUUCAAUUAAAUCGUUUAUGAGUCAGUUCUUUACCCUUUUUGCUGAUUCGAUGGAAGCUAUGGGUAAUGACGAGUUACAGCGCAACUUUGAUAUGGUUUCAAAAAUCUGUGAUACUCCUUGCCUAGAUGAUCCAUCUCUUCGCAGAGCUUCAACUUUAUUAAAUCCAAUCUUUCAAUUUGCCUUUGGUUCUCUGAUGUCUCGCAUGUCAUAUGUAAUAUCUUCAGAUUACGAAAGAAGACUUCAGUCUCUUGAAGCUAAACUUAAAAAUGAAGUUUCUAAUUCUGCGAAUACAAUUUCAGAACUUCGCAAAAGGAAUGAUCAGCUAGAUGAGAAGGAGAAGAAACAACUUGAGGAUAUUGAAGAAUUGAAGAAGCAACUUGAGGGAUCCAGAAGGCUAUCAGACGAAUUAUGUGCAAAGUUCACUGCUCGUGAUUCCAAAUAUCGAAAGCUUAAGAAAAAUUAUAUCACUACUGUCUAAAACAAUAGAAAGGAUGCUUUUCGCGCUCGUGAUGCAGCAGUCAAGAUAGUGUGCGAAGAAAAUAAUAUUCCUCUUUUGAAGUAUGAAUUCGCUGAUGU